AUGGACGAUUUACCAGAGUCUGGCACAGUUGCAUCAAGAGACCAACCUGACAAUGACACUCCAUCCAGAAAGGAUGACCAAACCAAUACUACAAAUAAUUCGUCAGAGCCUGGCAUAAUUGCACUAAGAAACCAACCUGACCAUAAUACUACAUUCAGAAACGAUGACCAAACCACUGAUUCAUCAAGGCCUGGCACAGUUACUACAUCAACAUUGGCUGGUCAAUAUAAUGGAGAACGGAUUUAUUUAAUUAGAAUUCAAUUUGAUAAUUUUACAAGUGAUAAUCAUUCAAAUUGUCUUUUUACUCAAAUUACAGUUGCAAUUACUAUUAUUAAUGAUAUUAUCGUCAUUAAUAAUAAUAUUAUUUUAAUAGUCAUAUUAUUACAUUAUUAUGAUUAUUAUUUCAAUCAUUAUUUAUAUUUUGGAAGUCAAAAUAAUGGGCAAAGCAUUGCUGCAUAUCAGAUUCAAUCUAAUAAUUCAAGACGCAAUCAUUCGAAUUAUCUAGUUAUGAAUAUAGCAAUAGCAACAUUUGCAGGCCAAAAUAAUGGACAAAGCAUUGUUAUAAAUAGUAUUCAAUCUAAUAAUUUUUUAGGUGAUAAUCAAAUGAAUGAUCAUAUGAUAAAUAUCACAAUAGGAACAUUAGCUGUUCAAACUGAUGCCAUUUGGCAAAUUAUUAAUACACAUUUAAAUUUUGGUCAUUUUUUAAGUAAUACAAUACCAACAUUAAUUAUUGAAACUAAUGGGCGAAAUAUUGCUACAAAUAGUAUUCAUGAUCAAUCCAAUAACUUCAUAAAUACCGAAAAUACAAGAGCAGGACCCAUUCAUUUGUCUCGGACUAUCAUUCCAGAUGAUCCCGAAUCAGAUCAUUUGAUUAAUGAAAAUACUGAAAAUUAUUACAAUAAUGAUAACACUCAAAGCUUAGAUGACAUAGAUGAAAUAGGAUUAGGAGUAAUUUUAAAUAUACGAGUGGAGGAUGUGGAUUUUUCCUAAAUUUAAUAAAAUCAAACAUUUUACUAGAGUACCUGUAAACUUCCUUUUUGAGAAUUCAAAGCAAAAUUAUAUAAAUAUUUAAUGUUAUUUAUUAAUCAUAAUCAUAAUAAAUAGGAAGAUAAGUUAUAAUUAUGAAUACUUAAAUCAAAUUUUCAAGAAGUACCUUUUAUGUUCAUGUAUAUAAUUUGAGAAAAGGUUGAUGAAUUAGAUAAGAAAUUCAUGCAUAAAUUGUGCAUGCAAAAUAAUGAUUUAUUCAAUGAUGAUGUGUAUUGUAAAAUUUAGCAUCUGGAAAGUGAUACAAGUAUAAAAUUUGUAAAUUAAUGGUUAUUUUUUAAGAAAAUAAAAUGAAUUUAUAUGUAAUAAGAGUACACUACCCUGGAAAGGUCUAACCAAGAUUUCAUUGAACUGGAAAGAGCGUACAUAAACACAGAUCGCUUGAGUAAGGUUUAAUGAAAGGUAGACAACUCUUGAAUGAAAAUAAUAAGUUUAUGUAUUAUAUGUAUACAUGUAUAAUAUUUAUUAUAAUAAAAUCAUAAAUCACUUUAAUCGAUAUUGAUGAAAUUAUGUUUAGAAAAAUAAAAAAAAUGUUGAUUAAUUCAAGUUAAUGUAAAAAUUGUUGUGAGUAAUAUUAAUAUACCAAGUAAGGCUCACUUUUUAGUGUGGAAUUUCUGUUUUACAUGCUAAGUUUAUAUUACUGUUUUUUUAGGUUAUAAGUAAUUAUAUUUAAUGAAAAAAGCAAUGUGUUGAUUUAAUGAGAAUAUAAAAAGUAUAUAUAUACAAUCAUUCAUUUUUCUACACUUUCUUACUUUAAAAAUAUUCUAAUAUUUGUUGUUCAGGCUUUGUGUUA